AUGGAGCAGCCAUUCAUGUUAGAUGAUGAAGAUGAACAAGAUCCAGAACCACAGCAGAGGUCACGAGAACCCAUUCAAGCCCACGAUGAAGAUGCAGAGCUGAUCUUCGUAGGGGUGGAGAAUGUAAAAGAAGAUGCUAAGCUCAUCUUUGUUGGAGUAACUUCAACUUCCCAACCAGUCAACUCGAACAUUCAGAACAGAGCCACCCCAGGUUCACACUUAAAAAGAAAGCAUAACCGACUUAGAGCAACCACGACUCAAAGAUUGCAGCCCUCAUGUCUUGUUGCCCCCACAUCAGAGGCAGUGAUUGUCUUGCCGGCAUCUCCAGCUGAAUCUAGAUCGACAGAUAGUCCUAUUAUUAUUGAGCCUUUGUCCGAGUCUGAUAAUAAAAGUAAUUCACCACAAGUUGUGCCUAGUAGCUCUUCAAAGUGUUGUUCGCCUCUGGUUACACUCUCAAGUUCAGAGAAUAGUCCAGUAAAGGCAGCGCUUUCAGGAGGAGAUUUGAAUGAAAANUUGUAUGUAUCGAAGUGCCAUUUUUCCAUAAAUCCACAGAGGCCUGACCAUAGUAUUGAGAUUGUAGAACCACUUUCUUCAGCUUUGCCCACUUCAGGUACCUUCCAUACCUCGAAUGUGCAACAGAGGACACCUUCCUUUGAUGCUCCCAACUCUCUGAGCCGUCUUGUGAAUGGGGCACCUCCUUCAGGGGACUCUGCCCACCCUCGUCAGGACAGUGGAUUGGUGGAAGCAGACUUUUCAAGUCCAGCAAGUCGAGAGACUUUUGAUCCCAAGAGAAGUUUGACCCUGUUACUUAGUGACUUUUAUUAUGGGCAGUAUAAAGGAGAUGGGAAGCCAGAACAGAAGNCUCACACAACCUUUAAAUGCCCCAGCUGCUCGAAAGCUCUAAAAAAUGUUAAAUUUAUGAACCACACCAAGCAUCAUUUGGAGCUCGAGAGGCAGAGGAGUGAGGACCCCUGGGAGAGCCACACCACCUGUCUGCGCUGCCACCGGCAGAUCGAUUCCCCGUUCCAGCUGGAGUGCCACAUCGACCGCGUGCACAUGUCGCUGGACCCUUCUGUGGUCUGCAAAAUCUGUGUGUCAUUUGAGACUGACCUUUUACAGCACAUGAAGGACAAUCACAAGCCUGGGGAGAUGCCCUAUGUGUGCCAGGUCUGUAAGUUCAGGUNGUCAGUCUUUGCUGACGUGGAGACACACUUUACCAAGUGCCAUGUAAACACUAAGAACCUGCUUUGUCCAUUUUGUCUUAAGAUCUUCAAAACUGGGAUGCCAUACAUGUGCCAUUACAGGGNCCACUGGGAAAGGAGCGGCCACCAGUGCUCCAAGUGCCGGCUACAGUUUAUAACUUUCAAGGAGAAAGUGGAGCACAAGACCCAGUGCCACCAGAAGCCUAAGCAGCUGGAAGGGCUGCCUCCUGAGACGAAGGUCAUGAUCCAGGCGUCCCUGAAGCCCGAUGAGUCAGGGUCUGUGAAGGUAGCAUCGGUCACUGUGAGCACAACUGACCGGGAGCCUUCUCACCCCCGACCUCAAGGCAGACUUUCCCAAAAGCCCGUUAAUUCUAACCUCAGUCAGAAGCCAAACCCUUCCGAGAGACGAAAGUACAAGCCUGUGCAUCGGUUAAUCGCUGGUACCCAAGAUGAUAGUCAGUCAGUUUUUUUUCUCUAA